GAAGGCUAUCGCUGACUGAACUGUGUGGACUCUGCGCUCAGGUGAGAGAAGGACACCACUCUGGUACAUUUCACUGCAUGUUAAACCAUGGACCAAACUUUGAUGUUCCCGCUUGUGUUGGCUGUUUCUGUGGUGGUAGUAACAGCGUUGUACUUCCUGCGAGGAUCUGCAGGAGGCCGAAAGAAGGGGCCUGUGACUCUCCAGGAUCCCACCAUGAAAUAUCCACUACCUCUUAUAAGCAAGCAGGAAAUCAGUCACGACACAAAGAAAUUUCGGUUUGGCCUUCCAUCUGCAUCUCAUAUCCUUGGACUGCCAGUAGGUCAGCAUGUGUACCUGUCAGCCAAGGUGAACGGCAGCCUGGUGGUCAGACCCUACACUCCCGUCUCCAGUGAUGAGGACCAGGGAUUUGUUGACCUUGUAGUUAAGGUCUACUACAAAAACAGCCACCCAUCCUUCCCAGAUGGAGGACAGAUGUCUCAGUAUUUGGACAACAUGACUAUCGGAGACACCAUCGACUUCAGAGGACCAAAUGGACUCCUGGUGUAUAAAGGCAAAGGUCAGUUUUCCAUCAGACUCAACAAGAAGUCGCCGCCAAAUGUUCAGAAGUUCAGGCACGUUGGGAUGAUCGCUGGUGGAACAGGUAUCACUCCUAUGCUGCAGCUAAUUCACAGCAUCACAUCAGAUCCCUCAGAUAACACCAAAUGUUCCCUCAUAUUCGCCAACCAGACUGAGAAAGAUAUCUUACUGAGGAAAGAGCUGGAGGAGGCAAAGAGGAACCAUCCUGACAAGGUUAAGCUGUGGUACACGUUGGAUAAACCUCCACAGGACUGGAGCUACAGUUCAGGAUAUGUGACCUAUGACAUGAUCAAGAGCCACCUCCCUGCUCCAUCCAGCAAUGUCCUCAUCGUCCUCUGCGGGCCUUCCCCUAUGAUUCGUAAUGCCUGUCUACCAAAUCUGGACAAAUUGGGACACAAAAAAGAAAAUGUUUUCUCAUAUUAGUCAUCUUUGCUUCGCUGUAUCAUUAAGUCAGCUUAAUUAUUAUUGAUGAGUAUGAUUUUUUACCUUAGGUACUCUAGAAUAGCUACAUUAUGUAACACUAAUCAAAAUGACUAAAUAAUUUCAAAUAUUCUUUUAUUUAUGUUAAAUGAAGAUGCAAAAUAAAGCACUAAUUGUAACAUAUUA